UUUAUACUUCCGGUUGGAAGACAACAACAGAGUUCGGAAAACUUUCUGAGAUGGUUGAAGUCGGAUAAAUCUGCAGGAGAUAACAACGAGAGGCGUCUAAAUGAUCUCAUGGGAACUUAGCUGAAGUAAUGUACAUUGUACCAUGCACAAUGGGCACCUCACUGGAAGCUGUUCAGGUCAAAUUUGCCUCCAUCAUUGAAGAUCUGAGCGGAUGUCCCCACACACUGUCACAGUUUGUUGUCUGGGUUGAUCUCUGUGUGGCAGAGUACAAGUCGAAUGGCUUCAUUUAUCUGAAUUGCUCUGGCAAGAAGCCAGAACCAUCCUGGCUAGACGGGCUGAAAGAGGAAGUUGUGGACACCGAUGAAGACACCAGUAUUAAUAAGCACCAUUUUACAGACACCAGUAUUAAUAAGCACCAUUUUACAGACACCAAAGGCUCUCAUAAUACCAACACCAACAGAAAACACAGACACCAUCACAGCAUACUGACUGACAGUGUCACCAGCCUCUGUAACAGCAUUGUGAAGAUAAAAACAAGGAAACAAGUUGUCAAUGCUGAUACCAACAAUGACACCAUAUGUUGUGAUCACACCAAAAGCCAUAAUGAGACAAACAGCAUCACUGAAACCAGACUUUCUGAAACCAUAACCAGUAACAGAAAUAGGGCUGAAGCUCAGAAGAGAGCCAUGACUGCUGUAACCUGCCGGAAUGCUGGUCAGAAGGUAGCAGGUGCUUCUACAUCAAUCUCUGACCAUAUCUAUGCUAUGGGAGUGGAUUUACAAAGGAAACAGAAAAGUACAUUAGACAGGAAUUCAAGGAUAAUACCCACAAGUGCCAAAGCUGUUGGUGGCAAGUCACAUACAGAAACAAUCUCUGUAUCUGAAAACAGGUCUCAGGGAGUCUACCCGGUUGGCUUGAUACAAGUGUCCACACUUGGUGGACGUGAUGCCAAUUUAGGGAGGCAAAACAGUGAAAACAUCCAAGAUGAGGAGGAAGAAUUUUUAGAGACUGUUCCAAACCCUUUGAGUGGGGUGAGCAAAGACAAAGACUAUGGUGCUGAAAACUUGAUUAUGGGGGAAUCUUCAAUGGAUGUGUCCCCGCCCGUUAUGGGACAAGAGGGUGGGCGGAACAGUCCUCUGUGUGGCCCUCAUCUACACAGUCACUUGGUGCCCACACAGGUGUCUAGUGCUAAUAGGACACCCAUUAUCAAAACUGAAAGUGAAAGUUCUUUGCUGGAGUCAGACUACUGCAAUAAUAACACUGGAGAUGACGCCUAUCCCGGCUGUGUGGUAUUAGAAAUCAGCGAUGCCGGAGAGUUAUCUACCCCUGUCAAGACUCAGCCUGCAGAUGACUACUGGUCAUCGUACGGCACGUGCAUCCCAGGCCCAGUCAAGAAGGCCCGUACAAACGUGGGCAACAUGCAUCGCUGGCUUCAGCAGGACCAAAACGAACUACGUCAAAUCGAAGAGAUUCCGCCUGAAGAACUAGAUCCGUAUUUAACAGCAUUCCUCAGGCUAGUCCGGCGGAAGGACGGCAGAGACUAUGAUCCAAACUCCUUCAAGGACGUUCGCGGCAGUAUUCAGCGGUAUCUUCAGGACCAUGGCUACCCUUACUCCAUUGUCAGAUCACCGUUAUUUUACAACAGCCAAAGAGCCUACUACAGAAAAAAGGAGCAACUGAGACAUUCACUAUUCCUGAAGAACAGGAAAGCCGACACAGAUUUAAACUACAUUAGCUUCCAGUAAUGAUGCGUACCCUGGCACUUCUCUUAAUCAAGGCAUAUUUCUAAGUCACCAUGUUUGUGAACUGACGUCGUAUUUUGUUAUAAAUUUCAUAUAUUUAUCCAUAGCUUUAAUGUGUUUUUUUUUACUGACAAAUAUAUCUUGAUCAUUUCUGUAUAUGUUAUUUUUCUGUUUUGUGUACUCUGAUAAAAAAAAUGCACUGUUGCACAUGACAUAUUUUUUUCAUAGGUAAUCAGGUAUAGUUCAGGCCAGUAGACCUUUCUAAACUGCCCGUGAAGAAAACUCUCUCUUUAACAUAUUCAUUCAUUUGACUGAUUGGGGCUU